GGCGCCCGCGCUCGCCGAGCAGCGGGAGGGCCGCGCCGCUCACCUCUUAGCCCGCGCCGCCGCCCUCCUUUCCUCGUCCGGCAACCGCCAUGGCGGAGACCGAGGAGCGGAGCCUGGACGACUUCUUCGCCAAGCGGGACAAGAAGAAGCGGAAGGAGAAGAGCAGCCGAAGUGCCGCCGCCGCCGCUGCCGCCUCCAGCGCUUCCAACGCCGGCUCCAAUGCGGCGGGCGCGGUCGCAGGGACCCCGCGACCGACUGAGGGCGGCGGCUCCGGGGCCGCCGCCGCCGCCUCCAGCGCCGCCGGCGGCUCCUCGGCCAAGGCGGCGAGCAAGGAAGAGGAUGAUUGGAAGGAGUUUGAACAAAAGGAAGAAAUUGAUUAUAGUGGUCUUAGAGUUCAGUCCAUGCAAAUAAGUGAAAAAGAAGAUGAUGAAAGUGAAAAAAGAGAAGAACCUGGUGACAGUUGGGAAGAGACUGGUGGUGGUGGUGGUGGUGGUGGCGUAGACAGAUCAUCUGGUCCUUGGAACAAAUCAGCUCCUGCACCAGCCCCUGUCGUUGAACCAAUUGUUACAGAAACUCCAGAACCGGUGCAGACUGGUGGCGUGUACCGGCCGCCCGGUGCCAGGGAAGGUGGGCGGCCACGGAGAGCACAGCAAGGACCACCAGAGAUCUACAGUGACACGCAGUUCCCCUCACUGCAGUCCACUGCCAAGCUCGUAGACAGUCGAAACCUAACAUCUUAUUCGCUUUCUUGACUGCAACUACACAGUGAGCAGAUGUCUUCAUCAAGCUGCCCAUGGUGAUGCCUAGAUCGUCCCCUUGAAAGAUCACAACUAAUUCAGACUCAUGUCACUUCUGCCAGAGCAUGUAUGAGUGGUUUAAAACCUUUCCAGUAUUUAUUGCCUUGGUUUUUCCUGUUGACAACUCACCUGCCCCUGAUUUGCAAAGUUUACAGUCAUUUAGAGGAUCCUGGCAAUCACCAUCAACCCAGUAACUUCCAUGGGGAUUGGCUUUUGCCAUUUGAUGUACUGAAGUCUUCAGUUUCAUGUAUAUAAUCCACUUUUCUGGUCAGUGAGUAGCAUGGCAAGCUCUUACUAAUUUUUGCUCAGUCUGCUGUUUUCUAUUCCUUUUCAUGUCUCCUAUUUUCUGUACUGAAUUUCCAUUCUAGCUCAGUUUAUGGCAAUGAAGUCAUGUUAAAUCUGUCUGCUUUAUUUCAAGUAACUUGCCUACAGAAAACUGUUAAUUAAAAUACUGUCGUAAGCUUCCUUUUUUAAUUAAAACAAACCACUUAUUCUCUAUAUCUUUCAGAGUAUGGACAACCAUAGCGAAGUGAUUCAAACCAUAAAAACUGGCUGGUACAAUAGAACAAAUUUAUUGAGAAAAAGGCAAAAUAUGUGUAUAGUUUCCCAGAGCUUAACCUCACUGGUUUCAGUGAAGUUUUUUCUGUCACACGAGGUCAGUUUCAUUAAAAUGUGAUUUGAGAUCAUGUCACUUCAAUUCUAGGUGUGACAGCCAGAAUCAAGUGCCAGUGAACAAGCCCCAUAGAAACUUGUUUUAAAUUUCUGGCUUAUUCUCCUCUUUGUGGCAGAGAUCAAACAGAUGCAUUAUUAUUACUUAGUCUCUGACCGGCAACCAUAUGAGCUCUGCCAUGCUUAAUCUGAUAUACCUGUAGUAGUAUUUAACUGGAUAUCAAAAUUGCAUUACAGUAUUUGAGAUGGAGCAACACUGGAGGUCAGGCUUAGUCUUUGUGGUUUGUUUCAUCUCUUCAUUCUCAUCAUCUUGUGCUUUAAAGAGCAUGGAGCUGUAAAUGAUGUUGUCUUUAAGCACUGACUGCAUUUCCCAGUCAUGUUAUGUUUACAGAUACAAAGGAUGUGUUACAAGGGCAGACUCAAGCCUGGUAGUAUGUCCAGCCUGGCCCUUGAGAGUUGCAUUACCUCAGUUAUCAGAGUACCACAUCCUAGAGAGCAGACACCUUCCUGUACUAAUGAUCAUACUAGGUUGAGAACAAUGUAUCUUGGAUUUUUGCAUCCAAAUAUCUGUCUCUGUUAGGUGUUCUAUUACAGCAGCAUUCUGUCAAAAUCAGUCCUGGCUGCUGGGAGUUGAUUAAGCUGGCCAAGGGAGUUUGGAUUUUUUUUUACUUUUUGAGGACAAAAAAAGGGUCAAUGAAUCUGAGAGUUAGAAUGUAAUACUUUAUAGCCUCUCCCCUGCCUCUGGAAGCCUCACCUCUGCUGGUACUCACCAAAGCCCUGUCUUGCCACUGUAGCUCCGUACUGUUACUUACUAACUGCCCAGUAACCUUCAGGACUGACAAGUUCUUUGACCGUGCACUGUGUCUCUACUCUGGGAUUUGGGUAAAGGGCAAAGUGGCUUUGGAAACUGGCAUGAGUGUUUUCUGAAUCAUGGGCUCUGCUUAUUGUUUUUCCUGGAACUCAAAACUCAGCAAAAAAUCUCUUGAUUUGACCUCUCUUUGCCCUAGAGUAUUGCCUCCUUCUUCUGUUCAUUACCAUGCCAAGGAUUUCUUAGUCAGUUGCCUGAAUUAUUCAUCACUUACUUAAGAAAGCAGCAGGCAAGAACUCCCAUGUCUUGAUCAUGCUGCAUUUUUUUUGUCAGGGCUGUAGUAUCACAAACAUUGCAAAACUGCCUAGCAGGUACAUGCAGUCUCCUUCAAGAACUGAAACCUAGAGCCUCAGAAGCCUCUGAAGUGGGAGCUGAAUUCCCACUGAACACAGUAAAAGGGAGGCAGUAGCACUGUUCACAGUACAACACAGCUCAGCUAAGGAAAGGAGUAGUUGCAUGACUGGUAACAUUCUAGCUUAAACAAAACUGUCUUAUCUGGACAGCAGGAUCUAGCCUAAAGCAUUUAAUUUUUUUUUAAGGAAGAGAUUACUGAGGGAAGAAUUGUAAGAGGAUCUCUCUGUAAGUCAAAAGGGAAAAAAAAAAAACAAACCUGAAUUUGUUUUCAGCAACAUACCAGAAUGCCUCAGCACCAGACUUAAUGUGAAGAAAUAAAGAUAACUGUGUGCUCAGUGUAGUGCAAAAAAAAUGAUACUGUUUGGCUGGGAGCCUAUGGAGCACAGCAGAAAGUGUUUAAACAAAGUUCAAUAUGAUCUGUUUCUGAGAAUCCCUGUGUGGCCCCUACAGUUAACACAGGAACCUAAUGGUGCCUGUAUAUUUAUAUAAUUAUGUUAAUAGUCAUAACUUAAGUUCAAAACCUGAACUAUAUAUAUUUUUGUCAGUAGAUUUUUUUUUUUUACCCUGGUUUACCUAUCAUGGCUUCUGCAUAUGACAACUUCUAACUGUGCAGUGCACACACCUGUUGUCCUUUUGUCCCAUGGUAGAGUAAUGGUAUUCAAACUCUGUAAAGCACUUUCGUGAUGUUUCCUGUGAAGAAAGCUGAAGAAAAUAAAUUUAU